AGCGAUUCUUGGAAAAAUCAACGAAACAAAUAAUAAAGGCGAAACAUUUCAUAAAAAUUAAAAAAAAAAGAAAAUCAAUCAUUUAGUGAAUCGUGCAAUGUUUUAUUAUUAUGACAUUUCAUAAAUGCACACAUUGAUUUUAUGUCUCGCACAACUACAUGCGUAAAUCAAGCCCAAACACAUGUAUCAUCUUGUACUGCAAACAUAUAGCGACGCAGUGAAUGCAACAACAAUAAUAAUAAUACAUUGAACCAAUGUCAAUAUUUUCUGUCGCACUAAGACGGGAGUUGAAUCGAACACACACUCACACAGAGAGAAACAGACGAACGAAAAAGAAGAAGAAGAAAAAGAGAAGAAAAAAAAACAACAACUUACGAACGUGAAUCAGUGGAUUUGAAAGCACAGUGAGAGCUGUACACAAAAAUCGCAAGCAGACUCACUCAGAGAAUAUAUACACAAUAACAACGGGGGGAGAGAUAGAUACAAUAUACACAAAAUAAAAUACAUAUAUUAUUCUGAUUGGGUCUGUAUGUUGCAACCAAAAAAGAAAAAUAUCAGCAAAAGAAAAAAAUAAUAAAUCAAAAUAAUUUUUUUAAAUUUUGCUUACUUUAUCGAAUUAGACAAUGUGUGAUUCGAUUGAAUAUUUAAAUUAGUGACAUGAAUACACGGUUUAAAGAAAAUGUACAGAAGCUGUUCGAGUAUUGGUGUGAGAUAUCACCCACAGCGAUCGGCGAAAAAGUAUCUGGUGUCAUUGUCGAAAGCUUCCCAGAACGUUUUAAAGAUCCCGAAAUCAUAACGAAAAUCCCAGAAUUUGCCUAUCCAUGUCAGUUUUUAAAUGAGUCAGUUCAAACAUACUCGUUCGUAUUGACAAGCACUGAUUCAAAAUGGAGAUUUGGAUUUUGUCGACACGAUGCCAAAGCACAAACAGCAAUGGUAAUCAUCACAUAUUUACCAUGGCAUGAUACAUUUUUGAAAUUUUUAAAUGUGCUCGGUGAAAUGAAACGAACAUCGAAGAAUGAUUUUCAACCAUUUUUGGCCGAAGCAUAUGCAAAAGGCGUUCCCGAACCCGGCGCAUGUUUGAAACUCUUUUACAAUUCCGGUUUGAAUAGUUUUAUCUUUCAACGUCCGUCACAGUUUCAAUUGCCCAGCAUUCCAGAGAAUCAUAAUUUGAAUUUGUAUUAUAAUUUUGUCGAUCCAAAGAAUAUGAUUGCCGUUUUUUCGGCCAUGUUGGCCGAACGACGAAUCAUUUUUACAUCGCAGCGUUUAGAUCGUUUAUCGAGCAGCGUACAAGCGGCCCAUGCAUUUCUAUAUCCAAUGGUUUGGCAACAUAUUUUCAUACCAAUUUUACCAUUAAAAAUGAAAGAGAUUCUAUGCGCUCCGAUGCCAUACUUGAUCGGUGUGCCCGAAGCAGUAUUGGAAACGAUGACACGAGAAGAACUGGGCGAAGUGGUCAUAUUGAACUGUGAUAAUAAAUUUUUUGAAUCACCAUUUGAUGAUGUCAAAAAUAUGCCGGCUGAAUUAGUGUCACAAUUGAAGAAACAAUUGAGCAAUCAACAUGAUCACAUUGGUGAUCGAGUGUCAAAGAUAUUUCUUGGCGUAUUGGUGCAAUUAAUCGGUGGCUAUCGAGAUGCGAUUAAAUUUAGCCAAGGCUCUAAAUUGACAUGGUGUCGCGAAACGUUUAUCGAUUCACGACCAUCACAUUUGCGACCAUUCUUACGGAAUAUGCUUGAAUUGCAAAUUUUUCAACAAUUUAUCGAAGAACGUUUGGAGAUGCUAAAUACCGGUCUUGGAUUUUCCGACGAAUUUGAAUUGGAAACAUUGCGACAUCACGAGAAACCAAGACGACGUAUUAAACCAUUUCUACGAAAUGUUAAGGAUAAAACUAAUCCAGCCGUAAAAUCUGCUGUGCAGUCGGUGAAACAAGGUGGUCGAGGUGUAAAAACCGCAUACAAAGAUCUAAAAUUGAAACUAAGCGAACGUACACCAUCGAAAGGAAGUUCAUCAUCACGUUCCGUUUCGGUGGCAUCCGCAUCAUCAGCUGGUUAUCAACAUCAUUCAGCACCCAAUUCGCCGGUAUUUACAAAAAGACCACAGAGUGAUUUAAUUUCAAUUAGUAACAGUAGCACGCAUCGCAGCAAACCAUCAAAAAUGCUUCAAACCUCAAAUUCAAUGAUAAACAAUUCAAAUUUAACAAAUCAUUUCAACAAUAACAUAACAAUUAACAACAAUAGCAGCAGUAGCAUCAGUAUCAGUAAUGAUGCUGCUGUUGCCAUGGCGACAAUGCCAACAUCGACACUCGCCCAAAAUGGUAAUUCGAAAGCAACAAUUGCCGGCAAUGCCAUUAGUCGUAAGAGUCCAAUUACAGUUAGUUCAAGUCCGACCAGUUCGCUAUCAUCGACAUCUGAAAUGAACAUUUUGCAAGAACUGCAACAACAUGCCUUGUUCAAAUUACCAACGGUCGAUAGAAGUUUGAAGCCAGUAAAUAGUACGGAGUAUACAAGACGUUCUAGUCGCAGUGGAUCGUUAGUGAAUACACCCGAUCAUCAGCAUUAUAAUUUGACAACGAAACCAAACGUACCAGUUGGAUCGGACGAUGUUGGUGAAUCAUCGAACUAUUAUCUUGAAGCGCGAAAUGAUUCAUCGGCUUCGAAUAGUACAUCGAAUAGUUUUGAUGUGCCGCCGGAUGUAUUGCCACCGGUACCGCCACGCAUAACAAACCCACCGCCGCGCAGUAAUCGCAUUGCGACUAGUGAACAUUUAAUUAUUAUUGAUACCGAUGAUCAUACCGAUGCAGCACCGGUGCCAGUUGCACGUACCAAAACCAAAAGCGCCACUGUUGCCGCCGCCGUCAACACAUCAUCAUCCCAAUCGCAUGCAAACUAUCGAAUUGGUUUCGAAAAUAAUUUUGUACAAAAUAUAAAUUCGUUGAAUUUACAGAAUAAGAAUAAUGUCAACCGAAGUACAUCAUUAAUCGAACCCCCACCGCCGCCAAGAUCACAAAUUCACAAAUUGAACACGACCAAUGAAUCGAAAACGUCCGAGGCAAAAUCCGAAUUAUUAACGGAUCUUAUUGAAUUGGAUUCAAGAGAGGCAUCAUUUGAGGUGGACGAUUUUGAUCCGUUGAAUCAGAAUGCCAAACAAAUACCGGCCGUACCGAAGAGAUCGACAGUGAUUUUACCACAAAUUCCAUCGUCAAUGCCACCAUCGAAAGGCGUAGCUCAACCGACCCCACCACCACCACCACCACAAAGUCGGUCACAAGCAUUCAGCAAUCCAAUGUAUCCGUAUUUUAUACCAAGCUACAUGCAAAAAGCUGCGAUUCCCGCAAAUACGAUGAAUAAUACAAAAAUUGACGAUGACAUUGAAUUGUUGCGGAAAUAUGGCUUGGACCGUUUCAAAUUGAAUUCAAAAUCAACGGUGUCAUCAAAUGACACAAUUAAUACAUUUACAACGCUGGCAAGUGGCAAUCCAAAUGCGAAUCGUACAAAUGGCACGAAUGGUUUACAAUUGAAUGGAGGUGAUUUACAGCCAAAAACCAAUAAAAAUUGGACUACAUUUGAGUGAAUUCAUGUUCAACACAUUUUUCGAAUUGAAAGUGCAAAAAAAGACGAAUUGUAUCAUAUUUAAAAAAAAAAGAAAAACAGCCACUUAUAAUGCAUCGUUAAUAGUAAAUGGGACACAUUUCUUAUGAUUAGCGAUGUGUCUUUUUCACUAUUCACUAUUUAUUUUAAGAAACAACUAGACUCACUAUGUUUGCAAUUAUAAAUUUUGAAAUGAAUUUGCUUACAAGAAUAUAAAAAACAAAAGACGCUGUAAAAAAAACAAAUUUUCUUAUUUUGUGUGUUGUAAAUUAUUGAGAUGUAUAUGCUUAUUAUUUUAGUAUUUAGUUAGCGACAUUUCUUUUUCAAGAAUUUAAGAAAGAGAUAAAAACCGAUUGCUUGAUAUUGAAAAAUAAAAAAAUAAAAAACAUAAUUGAUAUAUGUAAACUUGGACAUAGUUCCGAGUAUAAAAAACAAUGUCAAAUUGUAUGAUUGCAAUUUAGCUUAUUAGAGAAAAAAAAUCAAUAUUCGAAAUUACUCGUGUUUUUUUCAAAGUCUAAAAUGCGUUGAGCGCCCUCGGGAUAUUUUUUAAAGAAAAGAAACAAAAAUGAUUAAUUCGAUUUUGAUUGCAAAUAAAAAAAAUGGGAUUCCGUGCUUUUUCACGAAUUUAA